AUGACUGCUCUCCGGAACCCAAGGGAACGCCAUUGCUCGAGAAGGGAGGUGGGAAAUCUCUCGCUUUUCUGUUUUCGACAGCCUGUCUUGCCUCCUCCUCUGAGGGAAGAUGGACGUUGGGUUCUCCGUCGAAAUACGACAUGCUAUCUGUCGGUGAAUCGUCGGCCCCGGUCCACGAUAAACCGACCUGAGGCCUUCCGCGCUUCACCCCUGGGUUUUCGUUCCGUGGAUGGGUUCCUAACGGGCGCCGUGUUGUUGUAUAAAAAGGCAGAUCCACAUGACAUCGGCAACUAUCGCCCAAUCUGCCUACUGUCCGUCAUCUACAAGCUCUUUACAAGAGUGAUCCUUAAUAGGAUUGAAAAAGUCUUGGAUGAAGGACAGCCAUGCGAGCAAGCAGGGUUUCGAAAAGGAUUCAGCACGAUUGACCACAUUCACACUGUUUCGAAACUCAUCGAGUUAUCACGAGAGUACAAGAUACCGCUCUGUCUCACCUUCAUUGACUUGAAGAAGGACUUCGACUCAGUUGAGACGGAAGCGGUCGUGGAAGCCUUGGACAACCAAGGCGUCCCUACUCAGUACAUAAAGGUGCUUCGAGAGUUGUACAGUAGCUUCACGACCAGAACUUCGCCAUUCUACAAGAACAUCAUCAUUGACGUGAAGAGGGGAUCCGACAGGAUGACACAAUUUCACCCAAAAUAUUCACAGCUACCCUCGAGGACGCAAUGUGAAAGUUGGAAUGGGACGACAUGGGAGUGA